AUGCUGCAGCAGUCCUGCAGCAGAUCGCCCCCGUCUACAGACAGCAGCAGCAAUUUAAGCAGCAGCAAUCUAAGCAGCAGCAGUAGCAGCAGCACCAAGUCUUCCACUAGCAGCAGUAGCAGCAGCACCAAGUCUUCCAGUAGCAGCAGUAGCAGCAGCACCAAAUCUGCCAGCAGCAGCAGCCAAGGCAGCAGCAGCAGCACCCAAGGCAGCAGCAGCAGCAGCAGCAGCAACAGAAGCAACAGCCAUCCAGCCAGCAGCAGCCGGUCCCCUGCCUCGUGCAGCAGCAGCAGCAAUAGCAGCACCGGCAGCAGCAACAGCGGCAGCAGCAGCAGUAGCAUCAACAGCAGCACCAGCAACGGCAGCAGCAGCAGCAGCAGCAGCAGCAGCAGCAGCAGCAACAUAGCAGACAGGGACCAGCAGGCAGCUCAGGCAUUUGUCAAAAAGCUCAAGGAGAUCGUAGAGCUCCCAGCUAGCAGCAGCCGCGACAUGGCCCUCGCCAUUCAGCUGUCUCUGGCCCGCCGCAUGCGUUUUGACGGGGCCCCACACUUAGCAGCAGAAGCAAAAAGUCUCCAUUUGCUGCUGCUGCUGCACCCCAACGCCGAAAUAGCUCUGCUGGCCUUUAAAAACUAUCGUUAUCUGCACCAAAUUGCUACAGUUAUGCCACAGAGAAGCCAGAAGCAAAAGCAGCAGCAGCAGGAACGGCAGCAGCAGCAGCAGCAGCAGCAGCAGCAGCAGGGAAGGGUUGCCGCAGCAAGAGCAACGGCUUCUGCUGCUGCGCCAGCGAAGCCGCCGAGCAGCUGCGCUGCACAGCCUCAGGCAGCAGCAGCAGCAGCAGCAGCAGCACCCGCAGCAGCAGCAGCAGCAGCAGCAGCAGCAGCAGGCGGACCCCGUCCGCUGCUGCCGCCGCUGGAGACAGCAGCAGACACGCGAAAAGCCCUUAAGGCCCUCACCAAAGGGACUUUAGUAGCAGCAGCAGCAGCAGCAAUGAAGCAGACGCAGCGGGCGGGGGAGGCUCUGGAGUUUGCUGCAGCAAAGCAGCAGAAGCGGGCCCUGAGGGAGCAGCAGCAGCAGCAGCAGCAGCAGCAGGGAGCCAAGAAGCUGCAGCGUGCUGCGCCAACCAGCCCAGCAGCAGCAGCCGCUGCUGCUGCUGCUGCAGCACAGCAGCAAAAAGACAUCCUUGAAAAAAUGCUGCAACUUAAAUCCUCAGUGGCGGAUAUUGUCGACCAAGAAGACUGGCAGCAGCAGCUGGAGCGGCUGCGGCUGCUGGAGGCCUCAGACAUAAAACAUGAAUUUAAACAAACAAUUAAAGAGACAACUGUCUCCGCCUUCUUCUGUAUCCAGGUUCCCACCUAG